UUAUCGCCCAUCUUUGACAUGCGUCAAAUAGAUAACGAGAAAUCGAGAAACAUCAAAAUUGGUGCAUUGAUUGCACAUGUAAAAUUUUCUGUUUACAAUUAAAACCACAUCUUAAUACAAUUCAAUAGAUAUUGUGUGCAAAUACAUUAGUACACAAUGGGUGACAUCAUUGAUAAUGAAGAAGUAGAUAGAGACAUCGUAGAACCUGAAGUUCUACAAAAACACUUCAGCAAAAAAUACAAGUUAUUGACGGAAACAGCGGUGUCGCUGAACAAAUCAUAUAUAAAUAAAUUACACUGCACAAAGUCAUUGCAAAUGGCAGUAAGCCUGUCAGACAACACAUUUGAAGUGUACCAACUGCGCAACACGUCGCUGCAGCGCGUGUGUCGCCUCAGUGGACACAAGAACACCCUCACAGAGGUGGUGUGUAGCCCCAAGGAUGAGCAUCUUGUGUACUCUGCAGGACAUGAUGGUAUGCUCAAACUGUGGGACAUAAGGAGUGGUGGCUCCUGUGCUAUGGAGUAUAAAGAUGAGGAGGACACACUGAUUCGUCCGUAUGAAUGCAUGGAUGUAUCAUGCAAUGGCCUGGUGCUGUGCGCCGGCAGCCAGGUGAUACAGGAUGAUGCAUACCUAGUGUUCUGGGACCAGAGGCUGCCCAAACCUCUGGGAGGAUACUGGAACUCGCACACUGAAGACAUUACACAGGUAAAAUUUCACAAAGAGAAGACGGAAAUCCUAACAACAGGAUCCCUGGAUGGGUUGAUGAAUGUAUUCGACAUUAUGGAGCAGACGGAGGAUGAUGCGCUGACGUACUCGCUCAACGUGGAGAACUCGGUGGAGAAGAUUACCUGGCUAGACAGCACCCAGGUUGCCUGCAUCACACAGUCCAAUGAGCUGCAGGUGUGGGACACAGAGGAGGGCGACCUGCUGUCGGGAUGCACCAAAGAGAAAGUCGCUAGGAGCAUCCGGCGGAGUAAAGCGGAUGACUGCUACCUGGUGGAUGCAUUCAACUCAAUAGACGACACCAUAGUGCUGCUGGCUGGCUCGCACGGAGGCAACGGUGACGUACUGAGGUCGGUCACUCUGGACGACAGGAGACUCCUGCCCACGACGAACUUCACUGAGAACAAACAAAUCGCGCGCUGCUGCUGGUACGACAAGGAUCGGGACUUGUUGGUGACGACAGGCGAGUCGGGACUGAUCAGCGUGUGGAGCGCAUGCGCCGACGAGGAGGACGGCGCCGCGUCCAAGCCGCUGUCCACCUCGCCUCAACAAGCUGCACGUCAACAGGCACAAACCGUACUGAACGUACGAUACCUCGCUGUUCGUUUACUACGCAUGUCGAACCCCCAUCCCAAGUGUCUUAACAGGGCCGUGUUUAGCAAUUGUGGACCUCUAGCCGCAUAAAUUAGGUUUUAUUUUACAAAUCAAUCUCUAGGCAUCUUAUUUUUAUUUAUUAGGAUAAUCUUUUAUAGGGUCUCUUAUAGGGUAACAAUAAUGGUUUUAUUUAACAGUGAAUCUGUGCACUUAGCUGUGUUCUGUUUCUUUUAGUUGACUGUGGGGGAGGUUUUAAAUCAUAACUAAUAAGUAUUGAUUUGUUAUUAUUAAGUUACUAGUUAUUUAAUGGUUGAUUUUAAAUUGUAUAUUAAGUAUUUUUAAUUAUACAAUCCUAUCGAUGUAUUAUACCUCCAAAUAGGUGCUGAAUUAAAAAAAAAAUCUUAUUCUGCUUUCACUGAACAAGGACUCGGCUUUUAAAGUAAAAAGGACUAAUGUAUUUUGUAAUUUCAAAUUGACCUUUGCUUACGUUCCACUAAAUGCAAUAAAAAAAGUCACGCAGCAUCUAUUGUCAGUAAUCGAUGGGUCCCAUGGUCUACGGCCAGCGAGUCCACACGUGAGUACGGCCCUGUGUCCCGUAGUGUUCGCGCAUUUAAAUGUAUUGGUAGAUACUUUUAUUGUAGUGGUUUUUCGCCACAAAAUCUGCUCUCGUCUAAUGAAUAUCAAAGAUCUUACUCACUGGGCGACAUUUGACGCGCAACAUGUUUCGCAACUCUGCAUAAUACUUUGUACUGUUGCAGUUCUGGAAUAUCUAUACCACGUCAUGUUACUAGUCAUUUACUUAGCAAUGUUGCGCGUUGUGACGUUGUUGCAAUGUUAGCGCCACAUGUUGCGCAACUAUAGUCGCCUGACGUAUACGAGGUUCAACGUAUCUUGUAAACAUGAGUUUUUUUUAAGAUAAAUAAAUCCUCAAACCAUCUUUUAAUCCUAAAAAACAAUGAAAAUAUUUUUCAAGUGUUGGCACGUUUUACCUUUUUUAAGGACUAUGGUGUAUAAUUAUAGAAUAAUAGGAAGAUCCUUCGCAAACGUAUUUUAUACGAGUACUUGGCGCGGUUCUUACAGAGCUCAAGUAUACAAGUACACCUCGAGGGGUGACGCUCUUAUACAUAAAAACAAGCGCUCAAAACGCGUCACUAAUCAUUAUCUAAGACUCGUAUAAGACACACGUGCAUAGGCUGUAAGGCGCCGUUUACACGGUGGUGUGAAUGGUUAUAGAAAGAAAACUGUUAGGCGAAAACAAGCAUAGUAAAGGCUAAAAAGUCUUGAUACAAAAGACUUUCAUAUACAGCAAUGCAUUUAUUUACCAGUGGCGAAGGGUGACAUAAUCCAAAAAGGGAAACCGGCACAACAUAUACUACUAAUAUGAAUAAAUGCAAAUUGUUCCAAUGAUAAUUAUAUUUUACAUAAUUUACGAAAGGAAAGCCGGCAGGAAUCUGGUUACCCACCCUUCGUCACUGAUAGUUACUCCGGUAACCAUUCGGAUAUACUCAUGUAUGUAUGUGUUUACAGCAGUUUUUGAGUCUUUUAACAUCUUCGUCUGAUUGAGAUGUAAAUGUAUUGACAGUAAUGAGAUUUCUCAGCUAUACGUCCCUCUUUAUAUUAUAAUUUAGGGAACCUCUCUAUGGUCCGUAUUCGGAUGUCAAAACGCCUAUAACUUCGGCGUAGCUUUAGACAGCGCAAUUUACUUUGCAUCGGUUCCUCAUGUCUACGCUAGGUAAGUGUGUAACGAGCUAUGAAAUUUGUCGUAUUCAAUGUCGUAGUUUUAGAUUUAUGUGUUAAAAUAGUCCGAUUGCUGAUCUCCACUCGCUGGUUAGAGUGGGGUCUGUUUAAAUAUCCGCGUAUUCCCGCUACGGUUGCCGCUAAUUAUAUUUCUACCUUACCUUGUAAUUCCUUCAUUCAGUUUGAGCGGCAGUCGCUUACUGUCUAGCUAGUUGGUUCACCAAAUUCCUUUACAUCAAAAUACUUUUUACAAAUACUCCAUUCGGUCUAUUUAAUGUUUUAUUACUUCAUAUUAGGGAAUGUUGCGUAUAUUUGAACUGACCCUAAUAAUACUUUCAAAGUACUUUAAGUAUUCAGGCGCGGAGACAGGAGAGGGAACGGAGGAUUUUUGAUCACUAUUGGGACUACAUAAGUUUACAUACCCAACUACUACACAGCCAGAGGGGGGUGAAAAAAAAUACUUUUUUUAACCCCCUUGGAUCCGCGCCUGCAAAUAUCAAAUUUUACAUUAACUAUGACGUGUUAUAAUAUUAUAUAACGAUAUGAUGUCGUACCCAAAUGUAAUAUUUUAUCUUCAAAUAAAUCAAACAUCAAUGUCAAUAA